AUGGAGUCUGUCCAUCAUGUAUCAGCCUCUUCCAAAGUCCUUCUCAAGAAGGCGCGCAAGAUGGUGCCGCCCAUGCUGGAGCAAUUCCACAAAGGACAGCAUGGACGCGUUGCAGUCAUCGGAGGCUCUUUAGACUACACAGGCGCGCCGUACUUCUCCUCAAUGGCAUCGUCCGUUCUGACGAAUCACAAAAAGAGCCACGUUAUUUGUGAUAAAUCGGCAGCCACCGUCAUCAAAACCUACUCUCCAAACCUGAUGGUCCACCCUAUUCUGCCAAGCAGCGCCUCGGUCAAGGACCCCGAGUCCAUCGAUGCCCCAUCCCUCGCUAGCCCAAUCAUCAACAUGCUUUCGCGGCUGCAUUGCCUGGUGAUCGGACCCGGCCUGGGUCGCGACGGGGUCACCCUCAAGGUGGUGACGGAGGUGAUGAAAGAAGCGCGGUCCCGCUCGAUUCCCUUUGUCCUCGACGCCGACGGGCUCCUCCUCGUGACCGAGGAUCCGGAUCUGGUGCGCGGGUACAAAGAGUGCAUUCUGACGCCCAACGUGAACGAGUUCAGCCGCCUGGCCAAAGCGCUGGGGAUCGACGUGCCGAGUCUCGCGGAAAUCAACUCCAAGUCGGACGGCGCGGACCGGACGAGCGAGGAAUCCAAGGCCUGUGAGCGAUUGUCCAAUGCGCUGGGUGGUGUCACCAUCAUCCAGAAGGGUCCCCAUGAUGUGAUUUCGAACGGGAUCACGACGCUCAUCUCCGAUAUUCAGGGAGGCCUGAAGCGCAGCGGGGGCCAAGGCGAUACGUUGACGGGCUCCUUGGGCACGCUCCUCGCCUGGAGAGCCGCCUACCACGACGGGCUCUGGGACUCCGGUGAGAAAGACAACGCCAAGGACGCGCAGACCAAGGAAGACAUUCGGGCGGAGCUUGAGUCCGAGGAUAAGCGGAUGUCGCCUUGCACGACCCUGCUUCUGGCUGCGUUUGCUGGUAGCUCGAUUACGCGGGAGUGCUCCCGACGAGCUUUCCUUGCCAAGGGCCGCAGUAUGCAGGCCAGCGAUUUGACGGAUGAGGUCCACGAGAGCUUUCUCAAGUUGAUUGGUGAGCCCGAAGCGUCCAAAAUGCACCUGUAGAGGAUGUCUCUGCUAGGGUUAGCAUCCAAGAGGCUGUAAUAUUAGUCGGCAGCUUGCGGUUGGGGAGCUGUGCUAGGUCAUGGCAUAAUGAAAUUCAUUCCCUAUGGAGUCUUGGCACGUAUCCUGUCUAUAAAUACAUGGAUUGCUCCCUGGUAGUCAAAGUGACGUCUGCAACAAGCUCGUAUUUGGGGCAAGGCUGAAUGCAUAUCCCGCCCCAAAUCCGGGGUAUAUGCGCGAUUGACUUUUUUUCCAUCGGCCGAGACACGGGAACACAGAACUCUACUUUGACUAGUCGAUGAACGGUGUCUGCUUUUGGCUUACAUGCGUUCUUGCUUCAGAUGAGAAAUGGUUGUACAACAGGAUUUGGCUUCGUCUUGAGAGCCACAGGGCUUAGUUCGCAUCUAACAUGCCUGACGUGCGUAGCUUCAACCGCAAAUCCGAAAAUCACAGUAGUCGAAUCUAGUUACUAC